CCGCCUGGUGCCGGGGACUCGACAGCCAAUGGGCGGCUGGCGUCCUCUCAGCCUCCGUGUCAUCCGCACACCGAGGACGCAGUUGCUGCGGACGCGCGGCCGACGUCGGCCGCUCUCAAUCGGAUACUCUCCCCCCGCCCGCGUCUCUUCCAGCCUGACAUCCCCCGCCGCCGCGGCUCCCCCACCCACGCCGUGCCCAGGUUGCGUCUUCGGGCUCACUUUCUGCUUACGGAUCCAGUAUGACGACCGACACAUCACUCUGACCCGAAGACCGCGAGAAACAAAACGCCGAAGGAGGGAGGAGGAGGGGCAAGGGGCUGAGGAGCCAAAGCCCGGUCGCCAUGGAGACGCUGUGCGUGUUGAUGGCGCUGUGGGUCGCCGCCCAGGUGGGCACGGCCCCAGCCACGGGGCUGAGGCCGGUGCGAAAGACUUCGGCGGGACACAAGAUGCCGACGGGCUUGACGGGGCAGGACGCCAACGGGGUGCCGCUCAGGCGCUCCAAGCGAGGAUGGAUGUGGAAUCAGUUCUUCCUGCUGGAGGAGUACACUGGCAACGACAUGCAGUAUGUCGGGAAGCUCCACUCGGAUUCGGACCGCGAGGACGGCAGCGUGCGCUACGUGUUGACGGGCGACGGCGCCGGGACGCUGUUCAAGAUCGACGAGAAGUCGGGCGACAUCCACGCCACCAAGCGCCUGGACCGCGAGGAGAAGGCCUACUACGUGCUCCACGCCAAGGCCGUCAACCGUUUCACCAACGAGGCCCUGGAGGGCGAGUCCGACUUCAUCAUCAAGAUUCACGACAUCAACGACAAUGAGCCGCGCUUCACCAAAGACCCCUACAUCGCAAGGGUGCCCGAGAUGGCCGACAUCGGCACUCCCGUCAUCCAGGUGACGGCGCUGGAUGCUGACGACGCCACCUACGGGAACAGCGCCAAGGUGGUCUACAGCAUCCUGGAGGGGCAGCCCUACUUCUCGGUGGACCCUGAAACCGGCAUGAUCAAGACGGCACUGCCGGGCAUGGACCGAGAGGUCAAGGACAAGUACCAAGUGGUGAUCCAGGCGAAGGACAUGGCCGGACAGAUGGGGGGUCUCUCUGGGACCACCACGGUCAGCAUCACCCUGGCGGACGUCAACGACAACCCGCCGCGCUUCACCAAGACUCUCUAUGAGUUCAAGGUGCCCGAGUCCACCGCGUUAGGCUCGGCGGUGGGCGUGAUCCAUGCCGUGGACAAAGACAUCGGCGAGAACGCCGAGUUGGACUACAGGAUCAUCGGGAGCGACGGGCCCGGGAUGUUUGACAUCGUGACCAAUCGCAGCACGCAGGAGGGCGUCAUGGUGCUCAGGAAGCCGCUGGACUUUGAGCGCAAACGUCAAUUCAGCCUGCGCGUCCAGGUGGAGAACCUCCACGUCAACCCUCGCUUCUUCUCCAUGGGUCCCUUCCGAGACGAAGCGUCCAUCAAGGUGACGGUGGAGGACGUGGACGAGCCGCCCGUCUUCGAGCGCGCCAGCUACAUCAUGGAGGUGCAGGAGGAUACGGCCCCCAAAACCGUCAUCGGUACCGUCAGCGCCUCCGACCCGGACGUCAAGCGCAGUCCUGUCAGGUACUCAAUCGACCGGCGCACCGACAUGGACCGCGUGUUCGACGUUCACGCCAUCAACGGCUCCGUGUUCCUCCUGCGGGAGCUGGACCGCGAGGAGAACGCGUGGCACAACAUCUCAGUCGUUGCGUCCGAAUUCAACAACCUGCAUCAGAUGAGCCGCGUGGUCGUCUACAUCCGAGUGCGAGAUGUCAACGAUAACGCGCCGACCUUCGCCACCAACUACGAGACAUUCGUGUGCGAAAACGCCAAAGCUAAUCAGAGAAUCCAGACGGUGAGCGCCACGGAUCCAGAUGAGCCGGUUGGAGGACAUCGCUUCUUCUUCAGUCUGGCCCAGGACGCUAGUGGCAAGGCCAACUUCUCUGUUCGCGACAACAAAGAUAACACGGCGUGGAUCCUGACGCGGAGGAACAGCUACAGCAGCCUCCUGAAGAGCGUCUACCACGUGCCUGUGGUCAUCUCGGACAGCGGGAACCCCGUGCAGAGCAGCACCAGCACGUUGACGGUCCGCGUGUGCACGUGCGAUCGCGAAGGCAAUAUGAAGCUGUGCAACGCCGAGGCGCUCACGGCCAGGGCCGGGCUGAGCACCGGGGCGCUGGUGGCCAUCUUGCUCUGCGUCAUGAUCCUGCUCAUGAUCGUGGUUCUGUUCGCCGCCUUGAGGAGGCAACGCAAGAAGGAGCCUCUGAUCAUCUCCAAGGAGGACGUGCGGGACAACGUGGUCAGCUACAACGACGAGGGCGGCGGCGAGGAGGACACUCAGGCCUUCGACAUCGGCACGCUGCGCAACCCGGAGGCCAUCGAGGACGGCAAACAGAGGCGGGACAUCGCGCCCGAGACCUACUACCCGCCCGUCCGCCGGCCCGCGCCCCCCUCGGCGCGGGACAACAACGGCGACGUGCGGGAAUUCAUCAACCAGAAGAUCCAGGACAACGACUGCGACCCGACAGCGCCGCCUUACGACUCGCUGGCCACGUACGCCUACGAGGGCAGCGGCUCGGUGGCCGAGUCGCUCAGCUCGCUGGAGUCGGCCACCACGGAGGGCGAGCAAGACUACAACUACCUGAGCGAGUGGGGGCCGCGCUUUAAGAAACUGGCCGACAUGUACGGCGCCGACGAAAGCGACCGGGAUUCCUAACGAUGUCUCGCCGCGUUGGCUGGCGAGAGGACAUUCGAAGAACCUUUUUGAGUGGAAGUAGGCCUCGUGUGUCCCGUCUGCUGUUAGGGCAGGGGUGUCCAAACUGCGGGGCCAUCCUGCAGCGGCAUAUCCUCCAAAAAUGCUUUCAUUACAGCUCAUGACACUAUUUCACAGAAGAAAAAUAACAAUUUGGUUUUCGAUAGAGCAGGGGUGACUGAACCACGUGUUUUGUUUUUACGGCACAUAACGACAAAUGAUAUUUGACACACCCGGUCAAAAAAGAAAAAGGAUGGGGGUUGCAACACGCCUUAAAUUUAUUACUCAAAACAAAACCUCAAUAAUAGCAGAUGAAUUGAAAUAACUGAUAUGGAUUACAGAACGAAUAUUUUUUUUUUAGAUGAUUUGUUUUCGAAAAAAAACAUGUAAACCCCUUUUUUUUUUGUUUAUGACACCUUUAUUACGACAAAAAUUAAGACAACCCUUUAAAAAACUUGUUACACUUAAUAAAUUUCACGUUGAAAAUGCAAAAAUGAAGAAUACAGCAAUGUAACUCCCGAUUGCAGAAACGCACGCUGGUUGCCAUGACUACCGUUCUUUUUCGUCUUUCAUUUUGAAGACAAAGACGAAGAACGGUAGUCAUGGCAACUAGCCGACGCAUCACCAACAAGAAUUUACGGCACCAAAAGUCGCAGGUAUCCACCAAGAUUGGUACAAAAGUCUUUUUAAACUAAAAAGAACAACUUGAACAAGGUUAUUUAGCAGACGUUUUGUCGUCCUCGCGUGCUGCCAGAGGGGAGAGCGCGCUCCGCUCGCAUUAAAUUCUGAACGCAGACUGUCAUCGGGAACUCGUGCACGUGUACGGCCUGCACCGGGAUCCGUUUUAGGUGCCCUCUAAAUAACCAAACGGCACAUUUGAACAACAUUCGGACUUUCUGAAUGCCGUGAGUGAAACAGUGCUGUCGGAGGAUAUUUCCCAAACGCACCCCACAAUGAGAAACCACGGAUUUGUGGAGCGUGGGGUGCGUUGAAAGGUUUUUUGCGCAUUGAACAAAGACGAAGAACGUCAGAAUGGUUCUGCCAUGCUUUCAAUUUUCUGUCCACGGCCCCCCCAGGAAGAAAAAAGUUUGGACACCCCUGUGCAUUGGAUGUAGGCCACGCCCACACAUAGCUACCAUUGUUUUUCUUUGUUUUUCUUCCUGCGACGGACGCUGUGAGCAGUGGCAUACUUUCAAUGUUUCUGCGACAAAGUCCCGCUACAUAUAUCGUGAUCUUCUGCUUGUGUACGCUACAUGAUACAAUACACUGUACAGCCACUUUGUCUUUGUCCUCACAGCGCCACGCCCCCUAGCCUUCAGGAAGUGGUACUGUCGUCGUCACGCUUGAAAAAGGCGCCAGGAGCGGCGGUCCACUUUUGUCACGUCAAGCGGGCGGCCAAAGCCGACAAACGUUUCUCUCCUCGAUGUCAUCUAAAGAGCUUAGCUGGUCUCUUUUCAGACAAUCGAGCAGGAAAAUUCACUCCUGGGUUGGACGGAGGCAACCGGACUCUUGUCGAAGACGUUUCCACUUGAAUCGAAAAGACUUUUUUUAGUUGUAUUUUGAGCUGUGGAGUCCUAUUGAUGUCGCUAGUUUGGGAUCGAACGACUUCAACAACCAAGACGUUGCCUCCGUUCAACAUUUGCGGAUGACCGUGAAGCUACGUCGGCGUUUUGCUUGCGUGGAUUUGAUCCACCGGGGAGCCCAGUCCACACUGAUGAUGGAGUUUGGAGAUGGUUUUGGCACAAUGGGGGAAAAGAGUCGGACACAACCCGCUCUCAUCGAAACGGUGGUUUGUCUCGUUUCCUUUCAGCCCCCCCCCCCCAAAAACGCUCGUCAACGAGGCUUCUCACCUUUGACGUCGACAGCUAACAAGGAGCUGAAAGUACAUUCUUGGCUCUAUACUAGCAAGUGAGAAAAAAAGUGAAAGCCUUACAGAGACGUUCCGAUCCAACCACCUGACGGAUGACGGAAAACCGGAAGGACGAAGCAAGCGCGUGAGCGCCUUUCACAUCCGUCACACAGCCAAGCGACAGAAAGUCGACGUUUUUACGUGGAGUGUUCAGCACGUGGUCAUUUUGGUCCCCCCGCCCCCCCCCCCGCGCUCUCCUGUGGUGGCGCCAUCAAGUUAGACGUGUGCUUGUCGAUGUGUAGACGCCGUUGGGCCGCUGGUGACAAACGUGGUGGAGUCUCUGUGAGCGUAGAAGAAAAAAAAAAAAAAUUGUCGGGAGGGCUCGCCGUAGCCCGGCGGGCCCGCCGCCUCCAUCAAUUCUGCUUUGUACAACGUGACAUUUUGUACUGGAUAUUUAUAUGACACAAUUAAAUAUCUUCAAAAGGUG